AUGGAAGACAACUCAUCGCCUGUGAGCAACCAGGCGGCCGACGUGGAGCCCCCCAAGCGACCUGUGCCUCCCAAUCUGUCGUCUGAGGCCGCUCCGAAGCCGAAGCGUGGCAAGUAUACGUCAGUUGCAUGCAACGAGUGCAAAAAGAAGAAGCUCAAGUGCAUCCCGGUCAAUGGCUCUAGCUGUGAGCGAUGCACCGCCGGCGGCGUAAACUGCGUAUUUGCCGCCGUCACUCCGCAAAGCAGCAAGAAGAAGGACGAGAGCAACCAUCAGAUGCAAGCUCUGGGGGAUGAGCUCGCCAAACUACGACAACAAGUCACUGAUCUCUCCAGGACAGUGGAUGAGCUCAAGCAUCAGUCACCCGGAGCCCGGACCGCGAUAGCCAGUCAGUUUGACGCCGUGGCGGCUCGGUCCCCUUCCAACACCUCCAAGGACAAUGUGCCCAAGCAUCCCCAGUUCGUAGGGCCUACGAGGCCGUCCUACGGACUUGUGAUAGCCGAGCGGUCGCUCACCCGCAUGGGCAUACCGGCUUCACCCUCGCCUUCUCCAAGCGGUGCCCCGUCCCCGGCAGAGCCUGAGCAGGCAGAAGCUACGGAUGCGGAAUUCUGGGCCGAGUGCUCUCCAGAGGAGAUGGCGAGGCUGCUGGCCGUCUUCGAGGAGGAAGUGGAAUCCGUGUACCCCUUCAUAAACAUCCUCGAGCUUGCGGCCAGGUCGGAGCAGAUUCUGCGCGUCAUCCGCGAUCCCUCGUUGCUGGAUGAAGCACCCAGGGACGUCCACGAGCCGCCUUUGACCGUGACGGAUGUACGAUUGGCCAAGCUUGCGGUGGCCACCGGAAUUGCGAUAGAGGCGCACGGCAAAAAUGACCUCUGCGCCGCUAUUGCCGAGUCAGUCGUGGCCAUGGCCGCGCGGAUAUCAAGGACCGAGGUAGACCUCAAAGGAGUCCAACUCUUGAUAAUGCUGGUAUGUACCUUCCUCGCCUUCUGGCAAGACUGCGGCCACUGUAUUUACCGCCGGUGGCAGAGCAUUUACUACUUCCACUGCGACGAUGAGUUGCUGGCAUGGAGGACAAUCGGCAUUGCCGCCCGUGAAGCUCUCGAGAUGGGACUGCACCGGCGCAGAAGUCUCUACGACAACUUUACGGAUCCGCAGUCGCGGCAUGCCGCGCUGAGAGUCUUUUGGUGCUGCUAUGUUCUUGAUCGCCGAUGGAGUUUCGGCACAAGUCUGUCGUUUGCCCUGACGGACAGGGACAUUGAUCCAGCGCUUCUCGAGCCAGAUAUCGACUCGUCCUACUUGAAAUGCAUGGUGGGAUAUGCGCGGCUGUGCUCCAAGCUGUGGGACGCAAUACCGCCCUUUGGCUCGCCUUGCCAGUCGAUCCCCCCCGAUAUUGCCAAUGCCUUGGACGCAAGCACGCAGACGUGGCUGGAAUCCAUCCCUCCUCAUCUCCAAAUGCGGCAUCCGCGGGCCUUUUACUCGACAAGAUCACAACCCCGUGUCCUCCACCGGCUUCGCGCCCUCCUCUACCUCCGCGGCAACCUCACCAGAAUCUCCAUCUACCAGCACCAUCUGCUGAGCGCAGCCACCAUCAAAGCCGAUCUCCCACGGGCAAAGGUCGCCGUCGACCUGGCCCAAGACACGGUCCAGGUCCUGGUCCACCUCAACGCCACGUCGGACAUUUACUCGCGGCAACAAAACGCCUUCAACUACUUCCUCCUCAGCGCCUUCGCGGUGGUUUCCCUGGCCAUCUGCCACGCGCCCAACAUUUUCGCCGCCGGCUGUGCCCAGAGCUUCAUCGACGCCAUCGGGCUCGUGAGGGGCUUCAGCCGCCACAGCAUCGCGAGCCGCAGACUGUGGAAGAGCAUCCGCGGCCUGCUGCCACGCCUCAAGAGCCUCGGCCUGCAGGACUGCGACGACGGCGACCGCAGCCUGACGACCCGGGGACACAGUCCCGCUGCCUCGGGCCCUCUGAGCAGCAGCGACGGGCCGUCCUACGUUCGCAGCCGACCGUCCAUCAGUCGCACAGACGACGACGUGUGGGCAAACGGCCGUCAGGCCCCGAGCGGUGCCCUGGCUCACCAGGGAUUGGCCGGCGACAUUCCGGACAUGACGGGGCUGAACAAUGAUAUCCUGAACCUCUUUGAUACCCUGGGCCAGGGGAACCAGUUCCAGGACGACUUUGACUCUGGCCUCUACAACGCGCUGGAUGUCGACCUCGUCAACGGCGACGGCUUGGACAUUUCGCGGCGCUUCUUGCAGGGACUCAUGUAG